GCGAACAGCGACACACAUCGCCAACGACAUCAUUCCGAAUUCCUCUCCUGCAACCGUAGCCACGGGUUUCCUUUUGACGCCAACAAUCGAUUGUGCACCUCGGGGGCACUAGCGAUAUUUCCAAUCCCAAGCACGCGUUGAUCCUCGCUCUCGCCAGGUCCUUUUCCUUACCCGGUCUCCCAAUGGCUUCUCUCCGCUCCUCAGCACGCCUCGUGGCGGCGUCGCGCUCGGCCUUCAGGCCUGCGACUGCUAUCCGCUCCUUCGCAUCCGUUGCGCCUGCAGCUACCAGCCCAGCUACUGCCCCAAGCAGUGAGCCGGCGCCGGCGGCACCAAGGACCAAGACCUUCCACAUCUACAGAUGGAACCCGGAUGAGCCCUCCACCAAGCCGAAGAUGCAGGCUUACACUCUGGAUCUGAACAAGACCGGACCUAUGAUGCUCGAUGCGCUUAUCCGCAUCAAGAACGAGGAUGACCCGACACUCACCUUCCGCAGAAGCUGCAGAGAGGGAAUUUGUGGCAGUUGCGCCAUGAACAUUGACGGUGUUAACACCCUGGCCUGCUUAUGCCGCAUCCCUACCGACACCACCCAAGAGUCGAAGAUCUACCCUCUCCCCCACACAUACGUUGUCAAGGACAUCGUACCGGAUCUCACCCACUUCUACAAGCAGUACAAGUCCAUCAAGCCAUACCUCCAGCGCACAACCCCAGCCGAACACGGCAAGGAGUACCUCCAGAGUGUAGAGGACCGCAAGAAGCUCGAUGGCCUCUACGAGUGCAUUCUCUGCGCGUGCUGCUCGACCUCCUGCCCCUCAUACUGGUGGAACUCGGAGGAGUACCUCGGCCCGGCCGUCCUGCUCCAGUCCUACCGCUGGCUCGCCGACUCGCGUGACGAGAAGAAGAUGGAGCGCAAGGCUGCGCUCGACAACUCCAUGAGCGUCUACCGCUGCCACACCAUCAUGAACUGCUCGAGGACGUGCCCCAAGGGCCUGAACCCGGGUUUGGCGAUUGCGGAGAUCAAGAAGGAGUUGGCUUUCUAGAUAGGGUGUGAAAAAGGGGUGAAAGUUGUUACUUGCAGCGGGUUUUUUUGAAGUGUGCUUGUUGGGCGGUGGGUGGAUUGGCUUUUGUGUAGAAAUAUAGGUGAUAGUUUUACAGAGGAAUGAUGA